GCCAUCAUUGUCAUCAUCAUCACCACCAUUAUUUUCUCCUUUAAUGCUUGCAUAGCCUCAUGAGAUAGCUACUAUUGUUAAUUCCCUCUGGGAAGGCCGGGGAGGUAAGAAAAUGCAAAGCUUCGUGGGGUGAGGCUCUAGCCCCAACUUCAUAGACAGAAGAAGCAAAGCUAGCACUAGGAGUGAUGACUGGCUUCAAAAUUUCCAUCCCAAACUUCUAUCCUCCGGGCGUCUCUUGUGUAGCGAGGCAAGUCCCCCGAUCAAAUGCGAAGGUUGCUUUUCAUGCUAGUCCCGGGGUUCCCCCAAUCUCUCUCGGCACCGACUUCCUCAGGCGCAGGUCCCCACCAGGUCGGCUCAGUGCCAAGAGUGGUUGGGGCGAAAGCGAAUGGAGGGCUCGCUGCGAAUUGGCCCCGCGAAGCCAGCGGAGGGACGGUCUGGGUGGGUGCAACAGCAUCUGUCCCAUAAACAGCCUCCUUUAGCUUCAGAAACGCACAAAGUGGAACAAACGAAGCCUAACGAUCGCAGAUCGCAGUCCCCUCUCCCGCGGCUGUGCCGCCGGGUUCCUGUCGCAGGGGUAUCUGGAGCUUUCAGCGAGCCGGCGGGGAUAGCUCCUCACUGGGAACACUGAAACGCUGGGAACACCUUUACUGUCAGAUUUCCUGCGCUGAGAGCCUCUGUACGCCGCCGGGGACCUGCAAUUAGUUCUCUCUGCAAAAGGUUAGUUUGUGAAUCGCUGCUGGUGAAAUCAGUACAGCGCGAAUGGAAGGAAAAGAUCUGAAAUACGCAAGGUACGUUACUUUAAAAAGUUUUUUUUUUUUUAAAUGCAGUUAUACGUGUGUCUAUUAAAACGCAAGACACAGUUUUAGGUAUGCACUGAAAAAUACAAAUAAUUCUGCAUUUGAUUGCAAAGGGGCUCUUCGAUGGUGAUGUAAAUAUUCUCCAUCUUUUUUGGGAGUGGUGAUGACCUAUGAAUUGAGUUGUCAAAACUCGUAGAAACUCUACACUGAACCUCUGUGCAUUGUAUUCGGUAAAUUGUACGUCAAGUAAAAAAUCAGAACAUAAUCCUGCAGUUACUGCGUGCCAUUGCGUAAUUACAUACAUAAACACCGACUAAAUGCAACUGUAGAUGUAUAUUUAUAGCAGCUAAGCGAGACUCUGUGGGGUUAUUUAUUUAUGCAAGCUCUGAGAAGCCGGGAAAGGGAAAAGAGGCUGCUGACAUCACAUGGGGCGGGGCCGAAAGCCCUAAGAAAAGUCCGUAGGACCAGAGCAGCAGCUGCCGCCAGACACAAUCUCACCAUGAGCGGCCACAACAACUCCGAGCUCCUCGUCCUCUGCAGCUCCGGCCAGCUGUUCCUGCAGCCCCUCUGGGACCACCUGAAGACCUGGGAGACCCUCAUCCAGUCGCCCUUCUUCCCAGUCUUCUUCUCCAUCACCACCUACUUGGGCUUCUGCCUGCCCUUCGUGGUACUGGAUGUCUUGUGCCCGUGGGUGCCCGCGCUGCGGCGCUACAAGAUCCACCCGGACUUCUCGCCGUCGGUGUGGCAGCUGCUGCCCUGCCUGGGGCUGACGCUCUACCAGCAUGUGGUGUUCGUGUUCCCGAUGACUCUGUUGCACUGGGCAGCAAGCCCGGUUCUCCUGCCCCCUGAAGCCCCCGAGCUGCUCCAGCUGGUGCGCCACAUCGUGCUGUGCCUGCUGCUCUUCGACACCGAAUUCUUCAUCUGGCAUGUGCUGCAUCACAAAGUGCCUUGGCUGUACCGGACCUUCCACAAGAUGCACCACCAGAACUCGUCCUCGUUCGCGCUGGCCACGCAGUACAUGAGUUUCGGGGAGCUACUUUCUUUGGGUUUCUUUGACAUGGUGAACAUCAUGCUGCUCCGGUGCCACCCGCUCACCGUCCUGAUCUUCCACGUGAUCAACAUCUGGCUGUCGGUGGAGGACCACUCCGGCUAUGACUUCCCCUGGUCCACUCACAGACUAGUGCCUUUCGGGUGGUAUGGGGGCGUGACACACCAUGACCUACAUCACUCCCAGUUUAACUGCAACUUCGCCCCUUACUUCACACACUGGGACAAAAUACUGGGAACGCUGCGGUCUGCUCAUGCCAAGUAACAUCCACCCCUCCCAGGCGCUCAGAUCCUGUGCAUUUCACACUUGAAUCAGCAGAGACACACUUGAUGUGUUUUGUUUUGUUUUGUUUCUUUCAGUCAGUAACUUAUUAUCUGAUAGAAAUGUAUGGGAAAAACGUGUAUUUUUUCACAGUCUGAUAAAGUAAUUUAUAUAAAGUUUGUAUAUAAACAACUGUAUUCUUGAUGUAGAAUUCUAGCUAACUUCAAUAGCCUUGAUUUCUGGUGUAAAGUACCCAAAAAUCACUGGCAUAUUUAAAUGAUCUCUAAAAAGAUUUGUUUGUAGAACAAGGAAUUUACUAUGUUUGACAGUGUCCAAGAACUAGGCUAAAGUAACUUUUUUAUGGAGAAUCUCAUCUCUGACUCUGUAAACAAUGAAGCAUGUUCCUGCUGGACAGUGACCAAGAUUAUUAUACUUUUUUCUAUGUUUUCAUAGAACUGUAUAUUUAUAUUGAAAGAAAUGUUAUUUGUGCUUAAAAAAAAGAACACAAACC